UUUUCCCAGUGGAGCUGAAGAAUGAGUUCAAUGAAAGCUGUCUGCUUGCAGUCUUAAAGGGCUGCAGGCAUUUGAAUUAGUAUUUCCUCUGCUUCUGCUUGGCUCCCUUGGAGCUUUAAGCCAGCAACACUAUCAGGAGGGAUGGUGAGUGCAUAGGAUCCUCUCACAGAGCAGGAGUGAUCCAUUAGCUUCUUCUCUAUCAACAGCUUGAGAGGAUCUACUGCACGCUUUGAAAGAAGCUAUGAUCAGGCUCAGUUCUGCAAAGCAAGGAAUGAGGAUCACCCUGGCUGAAUAAAAGUUGUGGCUUCCUAGUCUGAGAUAAUGGUUCUGUCGGUCCCAGUGAUUGCUCUGGGAGCUACAUUGGGGACUGCUACCAGUCUCCUUGCCUUAUGUGGUCUUACCUGCUUCUGCAAAUAUAAGCGACCUGGGAAAGGAUCCUCAGACAAGGAACGGGAUCUGGAGACGGAAAAUGCCAAACCUAGCGUGCUUCAGGCACUCCAUCAGUUUAAUGUUGAGAAGACAGCAGAGCCAGUACAACCCCAGACAAUCCUCGGUUUUCCUCACAUCUAUGGUCCAAAGCCUAUCGUGACCACCUCAGAAAUUGUUAACUAUAUAGAUUACAACUUGAAGACAGUAGAAGAACCAAGCAAGGGAAAAUCUGAAGCUCUGGAUAAGAAAAGGAUGACCAUACAAGUCAAUGAAGAGCUAUUUCUUCUCCCUCAAAAUGGUGGUGUAAAGGAUGUUUGUGUCACUGAGCGCCUCAGUCCUGAAAAUGCUGUAGGCUGCAAUCAAGUCCCAGAACUUCAUUAUUGUCUGGGCUACAACCGACAGAAAGAAGCACUGUCCGUUGCUUUCCUUGAAGUUUUAUAUGGAACCACAUCAGGAGACCAAAACAAUGGAAGUGAUUGCUACAUCUUAGGCACUUUGAUGAGCAACUCUGGAACUAUAGAAGCCCAGACUGUGAUGAAGAAGAAGCAAGUCCACAUUGUCUGGGAAGAAGCUCUACUGUUUCCGAUUAAGGAGAAGAUGCUGCCGGAGGGGACAUUAACCCUCACCUUGAGGAACUGUGACAAGUUCUCUAGACACAGCAUUAUUGGUGAGAUUAAACCAAAUCUGGCUUCUGUAGGGGAGCAAUAUGGACCAGUACAGUCUGAGAAAGUGAAAGUCCUUGACAAGGAACCAGACACGGGCUAUGGAGAAGUUCUGCUUUCUAUCAGCUAUUUGCCUGCAGCAAAUCGCCUGCUUGUGGUACUUAUAAAAGCCAAGAACCUCCAUUCCAAACAGCUGAAAGAACUCAUUGGAAAAGAUAUAUCUGUCAAAGUGACACUGAAGCAUCAGGCCUUGAAACUGAAAAAGAAGCAGACAAAGCAUGCAAAACACAAGAUCAACCCAGUAUGGAAUGAGAUGAUCAUGUUUGAGGUUCCCCAUGAUCUGCUCUGUGCUUCAAGUGUAGAGCUGGAGAUGCUAAGCCAGGAUGCUGAUGGGCAGAACCGCUUACUGGGCAAGUGUAGCCUUGGUCUGCAUGCUGUGGGAACCGAGAGGAACCACUGGGAAGAGAUGCUGAGGAACCCCAGGAGGCAGAUUGCUAUGUGGCACCAACUUCACAUGUAGAUAACAAGGUGGAAAUGCUGAUUCUCUCAUGUUCAGUAACCUGGUCUCAGAUCUAGAAAAAAGAGUUCUGUUUUAACAUCCCAAACACGCACACAUUAUGAAUUGAAUCCAUUCACGUGAUUAAGCACAAGUCUUGUUUAUUAAUACUGUUAUUAACUGUGUUUUACCAAAUGAAUAUUGUUGAAAUGGGCUAGUCAAAAUAGCAAAAAGUUCAUUGAGCCAUGAUAAUGAUUGGCGUGUCAAAUCAUUUCUUCAGCUUCUAUUUCUAGCCAUGCAUAAAGGAUUAAUUUUAUUUUUCAUUACUUAAUAUCUGACCAAUAUUAUCAGAUAUAAUGAGUAAUUUCAUUCAAAAUGUUAGGAACACAAGCCCCAAUUGUGUUGGGCUUAGUAUUGUCUACCCAAUUGUGGCUAACUUGGAAAACUACGAAGAACUAUGAUAUUAUUUACCUAGCAAUUUGUAUCCUGUACAAUCAGCAGAUGGCUACCUCUAUUUUUAAAUGUUUUUGUUAAUGUAUACAGGGAUAUGUACCAUGUCAUCUAUAUAUGUGGCAAAGAAAAGGAGGACAUUUUUUUCUCCAAAUCUAUUUACAGUCUACAGGCAGAGAUAAGAUAAACAGCAGAGCCCCCUACCCCACUCCCCAAAAAAACAAGAAUAGGGGGGAAACAAAAUAAUAUAAAUCACAGAUAAAUAGAAUGCAAAUUACUUAUAAAUAAGGUCCAAUUAGACGUGAUAUUAAAUUGCAUUAGUUUGGACAUUUCUGGUAUGCAAAUACAAGCAUGGGUAACAAUGUUACAGACAUUCCUUGGUUACUGGUGACAUGGCUAGAAUAGCCUUGGAAAUAAGUAAAAUGGUAGACAGAAUCGAAUUAUUCAGCUUCCUGAAGAAUUCUAACAAAAAAAAAAUACUUCAAAAGCUGAAUUUGCAUUUCAAAAGAAUGUCUCAUGAAGGCAUUCUGUCUGCCUUAGGCAAGUAGGCAAAUGGUGUCCCCCAGUCCUAAUUGGUGUCUUAAUUCAGAAUGAUAAAUCCAUUAUUUUGCCAUCUUCAGCAGAAAAUCAUCUGCUCACUUCUUUCCCAAUAUUUUUCAUUUUUUCAUUUUCAUUUUAUUAGCAUUUAUAGGC